ACUUUCUUCCAAAAAAAAAGAAGAAAAAGAAAAAAGAAAGUAAAAGAAAAAUAUCUCUUUCUCCUUAUUUAUUGGUAAUUCUAUAAAUAUCAUACCAGCUAAUGAACUUGCCAUAAACAUCCUCAAUUGAAUCACCGAGAAGGAAAAAGGAAAGAUGUUCAAACUAAGUCGUCUAAUACUUCUCCCUCUGGUCUCACUCUUUCUCUCCACAUCCCGUGGGAGGGCGCAGUCUGAGGACUUAAGCGGGAUCAUCAGCCGGGAUUUGUUCAAUCAGAUGCUGAAGCACAGGAACGAUGCUGUAUGUCCUGCGAAGGGCUUCUACACAUACGAUGCUUUCAUUGCCGCAGCCAAGUCAUUCUCCAGCUUUGGGACUACCGGUGACAUCGCCACCCGGAAGAGGGAGAUUGCUGCCUUCCUCGGACAGACUUCUCACGAGACCACAGGCGGGUGGGCAAGAGCACCAAACGGUCCGUACACAUGGGGGUACUGCCUCAGGCAAGAGGAAGGCAACCCUGGCGACUACUGCGUAGCCAACCAGCAGUGGCCCUGCUCUCCCGGCAAGAAGUAUUAUGGCCGUGGUCCAAUGCAAAUCUCCCACAACUACAACUAUGGCCCGGCAGGAAAAGCUCUUGGUUACAACCUGCUUAGAAACCCGGACGUGGUGGCAACCGAUCCGGUCAUCUCAUUCAAGACGGCUCUUUGGUUUUGGAUGACCCCGCAGUCCCCGAAGCCCUCGUGCCACAGCGUCAUCACGGAGCAGUGGACUCCUUCCAACGCAGACUCUGAUGCGGGACGGGUCCUGGGCUACGGUGUCAUCACCAACAUAAUCAACGGGGGGAUCGAGUGCGGGAAGCCAACUCCGAGCCAGGUGCAGGACCGGAUCGGGUUCUACAAGAGAUACUGCAACCUGCUACAGGUGGGAUAUGGGAAUCAUCUUGACUGUUCUGACCAACUUUCAUUUGCUUAGUUAGGCAAACAAUCCCACGGCCUUACCCUAUAGAGAGUGUUUGAAUAAAGGAAACUCCCGCGCCGUAUGUGUAUGUGCGAAAGUUUGCCUUGUAAAUCUUUUGGAUAGCCGACAGCAUUCCAUAUGCAAGGUCGAUCAAUAAAAAUGAUCAGAUUAAUUAUC